GUGGCCCAGGGGCUUAUUGAGGCCUCGCGAUUCUGUGUUCUUUGAAAGGCGGUUUCCUCUCCGGAGUGGAGGCUUGUCGGGAGGGCAAGCGUCACAGAGUCUAUGGGUCCUGAAGCUCAAUCUUUUUUUUUUCUGGCGGGGCACGGGGAGAAGGAGGAGCCUGUGUUACUUUAAGAAAAAGGUUUCAAAAUUCCGAAUGCAAAAUUUAUGGAGAGCAUCUCUGGGCUUGGCCCUGGAGCUUGAGACUCUCGGUAUAUCAGCUCCCGAGGGCUGCGGUGGGAUCUUCUGGUAUCCGAACCUGCCUUUAGGAACUCUCAGGGACUUCCAGAGAACCCCCAUUUCGCCUUCCACCCAGGGGGCUCCAUUGUCUUCUAGGCUUUUGUCGCUAGAUGAAUGCUGGGCCCGCGAAUCCCAGCAAGGCCCGUUAGGUGUAAACGAAGGCUUUUCUGAGAAUUGGAUUCCAAUUAAAUGCUGUUUCUGCUCACCUACGGUGUUGGUUGUAAUGGUGUUUGGGAUGCACCACCUUUGGUGGGAGUCAGACAACGACAUCAGUUGUUGAAUCGCUCGCUCCUCUAGGGAUUUGCUAGCCACUUGCAGAAAUGACUCCGUGCAUUUUCUCGGUGUUUUGAAAGAUUGCUUUGCACAAUACUUUGCACAGAAGGACGUUAUUUAAAAAAUAUUUUGGGGGGUUGCAAACCCUGGAUGUUUCAAAGCAAAUGAAAAAAAGAUAUCCAGAAUCUAAUCAAAUCGAUUUAUAUUAUUUGAGGCUUGAAUUAAACCUUUCUUCCUCCCUCUACCCCCUCUAUAUAUGUAUAUAUCAAUUUGUCCACUAAUAUUAUGUUUUAAUGAGUAUCUUGUAUCACAUAGUAUUUCACAAUAUAUUAACAUGCACAUAGCUAUGGCAAUACAAUAUUUCAGCACGCAGACGUUUCAAAAAGGUAUUUUUAUGCACAAAAUUCCUUUAAAACAAACCAAAACCUAUGUAGCUUUCUUUAAAGGUUGAGUAGCUGGAAUAAUAAUGAUAAAACAAAAAGAAAAUAAAUGCAGCAGCACCCCCUUUCAAGGAGAUGUCUAUGUGCCAGCUUCAGAGUAAGGAACCCACACAUCAGAGUUAUUUAUAUGUAACGUGACUUGCAUUUAGUAUUUUAUAAAGAUCUGCAUACAAUUGUUUCCUUAUAGUCUGUGAAUUUACUUUUUAUAUUAACCACUUGGUUUUGUAAGCAUACAAGGAAAAUGAAUGAAAUGCUCAAACGAUAAACUUUGUACCACAAGAAUUCAAAAGAGCACUUUCCUGUUGUCAAAAUUGGCAUGAUGGACUUGUGAAGGAAUUCCCUUUGGACUAGGUCUGCUGUAGUUGGUGUCCAGUGCUAAUAUUAGUGCCUAAAUUGCAUUGUUCCCCAAAAGGCUGUUUCCCUCAAAACUGGCAAACCACUAUUAAUCUUGACUCUCAUUAAGGACAUUGGUAGUAUUUUAAAAUUAUUGUUUUCUGUGUAUAUUUUAGUGCUAUAGACUACAAUUCCAAAUUAAACUUGCUUUUAGUAUAUCAUUUUACACCGUUAAUCUAUAAUUCAUCACCUGAGCACACCAAGGGAGGCAGUGUUGUGAACUGUACUCUGUAAACUACUUGAUGAAACCAUGCUUUGUACUUUGAACAUGUAUAAUUAUAUUUAAACUCAAGCAAGGCUUAGUUUUGUGCCUGAUUUUCCUUGAAAAUAUGGAUUUUUUUAUUUGAGGGUUGCAGUUGAUGACCUUUUGAUACCAUAUUAAUAUGUUUGCUGCUGCUACCAAGAGCUUUGUCAAGCAAGUUGGAGAUGGAGGGAGAUUAGUUCCUGUUCCAAGCCUCAGUGAGGCUGACAAAUACCAACCUUUAAGCCUGGUGGUAAAAAAGAAACGAUGCUUUUUGUUUCCUAGAUAUAAAUUUACCUCGACACCUUUUACGCUGAAAGAUAUUCUUCUAGGAGACAGAGAAAUUUCAGCUGGUAUUUCAUCUUAUCAGUUACUGAAUUAUGAAGAUGAAUCAGAUGUUUCACUCUAUGGAAGGCGAGGCAACCAUAUCGUGAAUGAUGUUGGGAUUAACGUUGCUGGAUCAGAUUCCGUUGCAGUAAAAGCUUCAUUUGGUGUAGUAACCAAACAUGAAGUAGAAGUAUCAACAUUACUCAAGGAAAUUACUACACGAAAAAUUAAUUUUGACCACAGCUUGAUACGUCAGUCAAGAAGCAGCAGAAAGGCAGUAUUGUGUGUGGUCAUGGAAAGCAUUCGAACCACCCGACAGUGCUCACUGUCUGUGCAUGCUGGAAUUCGUGGGGAAGCCAUGCGGUUUCAUUUUAUGGAUGAACAGAAUCCCAAGGGAAGGGACAAAGCUAUUGUUUUUCCAGCACACACAACCAUAGCUUUUAGUGUUUUUGAACUCUUCAUUUACUUGGACGGUGCCUUUGACCUCUGUGUUACUUCAGUGUCAAAAGGAGGAUUUGAAAGGGAAGAAACAGCAACAUUUGCACUGCUCUACAGAUUGAGAAAUAUACUGUUUGAGAGAAACAGAAGAGUGAUGGAUGCCAUUUCUCGUUCACAGCUUUACUUAGAUGAUCUUUUUUCUGACUACUAUGACAAACCUCUCAGCAUGACUGAUAUUUCACUCAAAGAAGGGACUCACAUCCGAGUUAACUUACUUAAUCAUAACAUUCCAAAAGGGCCUUGCAUACUCUGUGGAAUGGGGAACUUAAAAAGGGAGACAGUUUAUGGGUGCUUUCAGUGCUCUGUCGAUGGGCAGAAGUACGUGAGACUUCAUGCGGUUCCUUGUUUUGAUAUUUGGCACAAGAGAAUGAAAUAAAAUGAAAAAUAUGAAUGUACCUUGCUGACACUUUAGUGCAACAGUGCCACACACCUUUCCAAAAUUAGGAAAGAGGGAGAGGAAACAAAUUAACCUGAGCAUAAUUUUUCCCAUCUAUGAAGUGGAGUUGAUAAUGGUGUCUACCUCAUAAAUUAUCAUGAAGAGUAUUAAUAUUUUUAUAUUAAAAAAGGUUUAAAAAUUCAGAUUAUAGAUGUUCCUUCAUAAAAUCAGCCAGUUGCUUUGGAAGUAUUUUGGGGAUUUAACUGAUCACUUUAGAUAAUUUUUUACAUAGAGAUUUUUCUAAAUAUCAAUUUUAUUUUUAAUUGGCUUUUAAUUCAACAUUUAAGUAUGAAAAGAGUGCACAAGUGUUGACUUUAUGGUGCUUUAACUUAUUGCCCUAGGUCUGGUAAAAUGAGAAAAAUGUGUUAAUAAUUUAAUGUAAUCCUAAAUGUUUAAUUGCAGUAUCAAAUUAAAAGCACACUGAGCUCAGUGUGGGGCUUUGUAUACACAAUUAACAGGGCACUGAUAGUAAUGGGCUGACAUUCUGUGAUGUGCAUAUGCUCACUAGUUUUGGCUUUAUACAACUUACUACUGUCAUUUUAAAGUUAAGGUAGUUGGGAACAUUUAUUUCUUUUCUCCUUUGAAAAUGCUUAAAACAUUUAACAUAUUUAGUUCUGAGAGAUCUUUUUCAUAUACUUUGUAAGACAUCUGAAAAUUUUCAUACACAACCUAAAUUAUUUACUAUAUACCCUUAUUAAAAUAAUUACAAAAAUAAUGUUCAAAUUCUAGAACUCAAAGUGUAUUAAUUAUAGCACUCAUUACUAGGUAUAUGCCUAUGAAGUCAUAAUGCAAUCAUGUAAAUACAAAAUACUUGUAUACUAUAUGCAUGUAAAAUGAUUAAAAUUUUAUUUUUUAACUAUUUAAAUGUGAUUAGAGUAAAUCUCCAUAUUAACAUCAUCUAUAAUUUUUUUUUAAAAGUAAGUUCAAAGCACUUUGUAUAAUGAGAGAAAAGUUAGAAUUAUAAAGAGUUUGUAUUAUCUGAUAAUUUCCAUAUAUAUCUUUUCUAUCACUGUAUUUUUGUUUGGGCAGAGUAAAUGAUUCAAAUGCAAAUAUGAGGAUACUGAUAAAAAAAAGGGUCUGGUGCCUUUUUUUAUAUAUAUAGAUAAAGACAAUGGGGCCAGUUUCCAAACCAAAACAUAAUAUUGAGUUA